AUGUGCACAGAUGUCCUCAGUGCAAACAAACCUGUUGUCACUGACUGGCUGCAGAUGAAGGAGCUUUCUGAGAAACUGAUGAAGAUGAGACCAAAGGAGGAGGAUGAUGAAGAUGCUGAAGAACAUGGAGUCAGCUGUGAUUCCUGCACCUCCAGAAGAACCAAAGCUGUGCAAUCCUGCCUCACCUGUGUCUCCUCAUUCUGCAGAAGUCACCUGGAGAAGCACAAUGAUCUCCACGGAUGGAAGAAACACCUGCUGACCGAAGCCACGGAUCUUCAGAGCAAAACCUGCUCUCUUCAUGAGAAACUGAUGGAUGUCUUCUGUCGCACUGAUCAGAAGUGUGUCUGUCUGCUGUGUGCUAUACAUGAACACAAGAACCACGACAGCGUCUCAGCUUCUGAAGAAAGAGCAGACAGACAGAUGAAGUUAAUGGAAACACGUGAGAAGUUUCUGAGCUAA